GGAUGUAAUGACAUGAGUCCUAUGUUUUCUACCACAGAAUCGUUUUUGCGGUUCGUAUCUUGGAAAAACAGCAUUUUUCGUUUCCAAUAAGAGCUAAAUAGUUGUUUCCUGUCAUUGUAGUCGUUUUGCCUUACAUUUUCUCUAUGUAACGUUGUUAUUCCAUCGUAUUAAUCCGCAAAUCUAGCCUCUACGUUUAAUACAACAUGUAAUUUCCCCCUUUUUAACGUAUUCCCUUUGAUUUAGUCACUCUUGACACUACUUUUGCUCUGGGGCCAACGGGGUUCGCCGUUGGGGCGCCUUGAAACAGCCGCUCCUUAUCUCCUUUCAUCGUUCAACCCGGGCCGCCUUGAAACCGCAGGGCCAGUAAUUGCUUUUUUCAGUCAGCCCAGUGCGGACUGGCCAGCAGCCAAUCAGAGCCUUGUUUACACUCUGUGAGUGACAGCACUCUGGCAACAUGCCAACCAAUCAGACACUUCAUACAGACCGAAGGCUGGAGUUUUAACCCUUUACUUCCAGUAAAAACAAACUGGGAAUAAACUGGGAAUAUUAGCCUAUAGCUGAUUUUUUUGCAUGGAAACACGCAAGGCCAUAUCCUUCCUUUUUUAAUUGACAAAAUUAGUGAACUGUGAACAAAACUAACCCCGAGGACAGUAAAUUACAUUGUGAUUCGAUUUCCCUAAGUGUGUGCGUGUGUGUGUGUGUGUGUGUGUGUGUGUGCGUGCGUGUCAUGACAGUAAACAUAAACAGACCCGAAAGUUUUUACUUCCCGACUAAUUUAGUCUAUUAGAAUCAAAUUUGACUUCCUCCUGCAUUUCUGGAACUUAUUUUCCAUUUGGCCUAUAUUUAGCAAAUUUUACAAAUAUAUAUUUGUAGGCAAUUCAUAAUAAAUGGCAUACUCAGGUGUAAGCCAUUGUAUUAUAUUACACUCAGGUGUAAGCCAUUGUGUUAUCAAGGUUAUUAAGCAAGUUAUAGGCCUAAAUAAAUUAAAUUGUCCUUUAAACUGAUCAUCAAAAACGUUUGCCUAUUUCUGGUGACACAAGUAAGGCCUAAGUGUGAAGCUUUGGAAAAAAAACGUUAUUGUAAAAUAAUACAAAUAAAAACUGCUAAUGUUAUCCAAAAGAAAACUAUUGUUUUAUGGUGAUUGACGUGUAGUUCAUGUGAUCACAAAAUAUUCUGUGGACUUUCUAGUGAUCAAAGUCCUGUAUUUUCUGCUGUUCACUCACAGAGCUGUGUUGUGUUUUGCUGAUGUCUCAUCGUAUUUGCAUGCUACGCUCUGGAAAGGGCUACGCUCUGGCAAGGGCUUGAAUCAAACGCCCGCAGUUUUGUUUUUGGAAUCCAGUAGCAUUCCUAUUGGUUCAGGGCAUCAUCCAAUCGGAGGCUCUGUUUAUCGCGGGGCGCGCCUCACGGACACGCUUCUCAUUGUAUUUACCAAACCAAUGGGAGAGCGCGUUCCCCUACUGUCCCUCCUUCGCUCGUAGUUGAGUGGCACUAGCGGAUACAGUGGGAGAGAUUCUGUGUGGAUGUGCGAACUUCGAUUCACUAGAAGCCUGAACUUCUACGAUGCAUCUCUAUACCUCAACUACACACUACAAUCUGCAGACUAGGAUGUAACUAUUUCCACAUGUUUUUCGUUUUUGUACGCCGCUUUUUUUCCUUUGUAUAUUUUUGUACUAUUUUUUUAAUCAUUAAUUGUUAUGCAAGGAAUAACUUACCAAACAUGACCGGGACAUUUUUGGUCGACAAGGCAAAUACUCGACUGAAUGCAAGACAGCCUAUCUGAAGUUCAUAAAAGGGAUUAUUGCAUCUAGGCAGCGUUCGAUGCUUCUGGCUUUUCCUCUGGAUUUGGGAUUUAUUGCUUCUCGACAGAAUGGAAAGCCGGGAUUUCGCUCCUCCACACCACCUCUUGACAGAGCGGGGCCCGUUGGUUCACCACGCCGCCUCUCGGAUAGCUCCUGGCGGCCACAGCACCGUGCAGCACCCCGCUCACUUCCAGCCUGGAAAAUACUAUUCCUCUCACAUCGCAAUGGCCCCACAUUCAGGUGCGUCGUUCAUGGGCUCGUUCCUGGCCAGCAGUUUGGGCUCUCCCCCGUCUCACCCUGCAUCCCCUUCCUCCCCCUCCUACAGGGGAGGACCUCACUCCAGCGCCUCUCCCAUCUGGUUCCCCCACUCACAUGAAGGGUUUCCCCGUUAUUCAGGAGGUCUGACAUCCCCCUUUCUUCCCAUGAGCCCCUUGGAUCACCAUAGCAACAGCAGCGUUCUCUACGGACAGCACCGCUUCUACGACACUCAGAAAGAUCAUUUCUACUUGCGAAGCCUGCCGUCCCAGCCCCCUCUUCUCUCAACCAAUCACAACCUUCCGCCACUGUCUAGGACUGCCCCCGGACAACCUCUGGGGUCCUGCAGCAGAGAAACAGACUCUGGGGAAGGGGGAGGGAAAGGGGGUCUCCAAAAGAGCUCCAAGGAACCGGGGAUAGUGGAAAAGAGUGUGUCGAAAGAGAAAGAGAGAUCCAGCAGCAAAGAGAGACAUCACCACCAUCAACAUCAGCCUCAUCCGCUCUCUCAACCCCACUCCCUCCCCACUCACAUGGGUGAGGAGGACCACAGGCACAAAACCCCCAACCUGCCCACCGAAUACAGGGAUGACCCCACAAUCCAGGGCUCCAAACACAUGACUAACUGUGCUCAACUUAGUAAACUAUCCAAUGGAGACUCUGGGUCCAAGGGCGGGUCCCUGAACAGCUGUGGGGGUGGAGGUGGAGCGGGUAGCAGACCCCAGGGGAGUGGUAGUGGGGGGGCAAGGCGAUGCUCCAAGGAAGGGGGGGUGAGCGGGGAGAUGAGGAUAAGCGAAACUCUCCCCUCCUCCUCGUCAGACUAUCUGCGUCGAGCAGCCAUGAUGGGACCCCACAACCCCCAUACCAUGGCUUCCUACUCCCUGCCCCCUCCGCCCCCGCCCCCGCUCCCGCCCCCUCCUCCACCCCUACACAUGGGCCCUGCUGUGGGAGGGGGCUGGCUGCACCAACCCCAUCACCCUCACCCUGAGUUCUACUGCCCCCCUCCCCCCGCCCCGCUCACCCUCGACCCCCCUAAAGAGGGAGUAUCGGGGAGGGAGAUGAAAGUCUCUGACCCAACGUACAUCCCCUCAUUCGGGCCUUUAGGGGCCAUGGGGUCCCCUGACUGCCGUGGUGCUGGAGGAGGAAGAGAUAAGAAUGGAAAAGGGGCAGAGAACAGCGGAGGAGGAGGAGGAGGAGGAGGAAGAGGAGGAGGAUCUAGUGAAAGUCUUCCUUCUCCUCUUCCUCCUCUUCCUGAUCAUCCUCAGUCUAGUAGCUGCCAGAGGAAGCCGUCGUCCCAGACGCAGCAGCCCCAGCCACAACAGCAGCAGCUGGGCUACUGCAAGGCAGACAAGCCCCCGGACUGGAAACAGAACCACAACUACAACCAACACCACAGCCAGAACAACCAGCCCAACUCCCAGCCUCAGCCCCAUAACCCUAACCCCCAGUCUGGGCCUCACCUUUGCAGCCUAGAGGCCUCUUCCUCCAGGGGAGACCUAGAGGUCCUAGAGGUCUACCGGGCCUCUCUGCCUCUGGAAGCCCAGAGCGCUCACCCCAGGGCUGGGCACCAAGCCACCAAGACUGGGCCCUACGCCAUUACCCCGCCCUUCCGGGACUGUUCACACUCAGAUCCUCCUGAUGGAAAGGGUGGGUCAGGGGGGAGUGGAGGAGCCCAGAGAGAGGGGCAGAAGGUGGCUAGGAUACUGCACCAGCGGCACAGUAGUCAUGGAAGCGGGUCGGGUUCUGAUGGAUCAGGGACUGAAAGGGGGAGAGAGGGGGGGAGGCAGAAUCAGAAUCAAAAUAGUGAGGGUGUUGUCAUGGGAUACGGGGGUCGAACUCACCCCCCCCUGCUGCCCCCCUGGGGGAUACCGAGGGGUCCCCAAGAGGACGAGAGGAGGAUCUCCCCACACACAGAGUCCUACCUCGAUAACAGGACACAGAACCACCACGACCAACAGCACUCUAAGACAGCACCUCACCCCUCUCACCCCCACUCUCACCCCUCCUCCCGCUCCUCCCCCCACCCGGAGGGAGAGAGCAGCGCCAUGAAGAACUUGAUGAACUACAGUUCCCAGCAGCCUUUGCUGCUCUCCCAGAGGAGUCUCUUCAGAGGGCUGGGCUGCCUGAAGCAGGGGGGCGAGAGGGGGGGUAGAUCCAGCGCCCCUCAGGACCCCCCCAAAAAGCCCCUACCCCCCAGGAGAGGGUCCACCAGCGAGGGGGAGAGGACGGACGGAGGGGGGAGAAGUAGAAGGGAGGCGGGGGAGACACACGGGGAGGGGGAGGUGCGACAGCCCCCUGUGGGUAUAGCUGUGGCGGUCGCCCGACAGAGAGAACCCCCCCAACACCCCUCUGACACCCCACCAGGACACAGCCGACAGGGCAGGGUGCUGCCCAGUGUUAAAGGUGUGUCUCGCUCUGUGUACCCGCUGGGCCGGGAGGCAGAAGAGAGGAAGAGGAUGACUGAGGACCAGCUGAGUCUUCAUCACCUCGACCGAGACAGAGAACUCCUCAUCAGGGAAAACCAGGAGAGAGGGGAGUUUGCCAGGAUCCACCCAUCCAGCAGUUGCCAUGGUGACCUGAAUUCUCACCUUCUGGUGCCAGGCGGGGCCAGCCAAUUAGGGGGAGACCCUUCUGUUCACGCCCACCACCAUUGGAUGCAGCGGACUGGAAGUCCCUCCCUCUGGAUGGGCCAUUCAUAUGGUCUGAGCCAUGCUGCCCUGCACCAGAGGAUGGGCCCAGGGUUCGGCCCUGGCCGGCCCAGCCCCCUGCAGCCUGUCCUGCCUCUGUCCCAGGACCCUUCUGGCUCCCUGGUGGUCCUGCCCUCUGAGCCUGGAGUACACCCCCACCUGGAUGUGAUGGACCAGUCAGCACUGUGGCCCUCGGUCUACGGAGCCCGAGGCCCCUCCCCCCACAUGCAGCAUCACGCUGUUUACUCCCGUUCUCCGUUCCUACGGCAACAGGAGCUCUAUGCCCUGCAGCACCACCACCACCAACAACAACACAGGGCCAUGGAGCACAUGCACCGACAACACACACUCUCACAGAGGAAGGCAGAGGAAACCACUAUCACCAUUGAUGACCGUCCUUUCCACGAGACUUCGAGAACCUCCCGUGCUGCUAAGCCCUUCUCCCACACCCCUCCCUCCAAGACUACCCCUCCCUCACAAGGGGUGUGUCCUAGCAACCACCAAUCACCCUGCUGCCACUCACCUUCUAGGAGAUCACAUCCCCAGAACACUCUAAACCCCGCCCCCAGCCCUGCGGCUGCAGCCCCGAGAUCCCCAGCUCUGAGCCCCGCCCCCUCACUCCUGUCAAAAGGAGUGGAGAGAGGGGAAAGAGGGGAGGGGCAGCCGCCUCAGGAUUACCCACAAUCCUUAGAGCCAGAUCUUCCGCCAGGUUACACCUAUCCAGAAAUCGCCAUGGGUAACAAGGCCGGUCCUUCCCCAGAGGAGGCCCGAUUGGCUGAACAUGCUGAUCUGGAGGUGGAGCCAGCAGAACCCUGCCCUAAGCUCCGCCCACACACCGCAAGGAUUGUGGAGGAUGAGGAGGCGGAAACAGAGAAGAAGGAGAACGGGUGUACAGUUGUAGAAAGGGAACAAGGAGGAUUAAAGGUGGAGGGCCAAUCAUUAUCUGAGCCCCCGCUAUUUGGAGUGAAGACCCCUGAAAUGGUGCCUUGUCCUGCCCAAGUUUCAACCUCAGCCUCAGCCCCAUCCCCAGCCACACUUCCAGCUCCAGCCCCAGUCUCUGCUUCUGAGGAUGCCCAGAAAGGAGAGGUCUCUGUGGGCAGCCUGGCCCAGCCAGCUGGCUUGAAAGACCCACAACCAGCGAAGGAGAAGAAAGAGGGGGAGAAGAAAGAGGAGGAGGAGGAGAAGGAGAGAGAGAAGGGGGAGGAGGAGAAGGUAGAGGAGAAGGAAGAGGGUAGGAGGAGUCAGAGUGAAGCCUCUGUGGAGUUACUAAGCAGCCCCCAAACCUCUCCAGCCCCAGCCCCAGCCCCAGCCCCAACCCCAGCCCCGUACUCUACCCUAAGUGAUGAUCCCUGCAUCUGGAGUCUGGAGCUUCUCAUCGCUGCGGCGCUGUGUGCAACCCGGGAUGCCCGCUACCCCCCUAUACACCCCUCCAACACACCCCUGUCCGCCCCACGCCCACUCCCACACCGAGGCAUGGAAAUACUGGGAGAGUUGGCUGAGCUGGGGAUACUGCAGAGGAACAGGGAGAAGGAGAGAGAGAUGGGAGGAGAGGAUGUUUUGACCUUUGACCUUAGUAGCCUGGCGACCCUGGCUGUGGCCCGCAGUCUGGAGCUGGGGGGAGGAGCUACAGGGAGGGGGGAAGGGCAGCACUGUCCCGUCAGGAGGACCUUCAACCUACGACGGAAAUGCAGCUGGAAGCCUCGCCACGAGCCGGUGUGUCCGGUGAAGGGUGCCAUGGAGAUGGUGGAUGGGGCAGAGCUAGCGAUGCGAGUGCAGCUAGCGGAUAUCCAGAGACGUUACAAAGAGAAACAGAGAGAACUGACAAAGCUGCAGAGAAAACAUGACCACCAGAAAGCAGAGACCUCUCACAGCUCUGCUCGCAGAGGGCCCGGUCGCCCCCGUAAACGCAAGUCUACCCCCGGUCCCAGCGCCCCAGAUGGCCCCAAGAGACUCAGGGCGGAGGAUGAUGAAGCAGAAGGGGGCGGAGAGAAGCGGAGGAAGAGGAUGACCAAUCAUGGCUUCCUCACAAGGAGGAGAGGUCGUCCCAGCCUGAGCUCCCGACUAGCACGGAGGGUGACCCAGCUGAAGCAGAAGGUUGUGGCCCAGAGAAGUGCACCGUCAGGGGGCAUGCAUUGCCGUAGACGGGACCCUAGACCUGGAGUCCAUGCAAACUGCAGAGAGAGUGACACAGCAGCCAAUACAUCCAGUACCCAGCAGGACUGGGCGCCCAAUCAGGGGGUGAGGAGGAGGAGGAGAGGUCGGCCAAAGGUCAAACUCUGCGGACCUUCGACCAGAGUCCUCCGUAGAGGAGGCGGGGCCUCUGUGGAGCAGGAAAUGAACGAGGGGAAGAGCAACAGUGAGAGCUCAGGCCAGGAGGAGGAAGAGGAGAUGCACUACGACAGCGACGAAGGAACCAAUGACGUGAAUACAAUGACACCAUCUUCCAAAGACACGCCAACAGACUCUGCUGUGAUUGGCCCAGCUGCUAAGCUUCAAGACAAUCAGAAAGCCAGGAGCAAGGAGGAGAGGCAAGGUGAUGAUGUGAGCAUACCCAGUGUGGCGCUGAGGAGGAGAGGAGCCCCCUGCAGGCCGGGCCCUGUUACUGCAGAUGGGAGAUGCCCAGAGCUCCAGGAGCCACAGGGGGCUAGGAGAGAACCUGUACCCAGCUGGAGGGUCUCGUUAGUGGGCAACAGUCUCCAGGACAGCAGGGGGAUCCAGGGACCUGUGGUGGAGGCCAAGAGGAAGAGCUCAGGACAACAAAGCAUUCUGGGAAAGAGGAGAGGCUGCUGGCUGGAGACUGAGACCCAGAGAGAGGACACCACCAGGGGCAGGAGGAACAAGAAGAAGCAGGCUAAGGGGUGUGCAGUGAGCCGUCUUCUGGAGAGCUUUGCGGCUGAUGAAGGAUUCCGAUUGGACGAGGAGAGCAGCUUCUCAGAGGGAGAGGAGGAAGACAUGGAGCAUACACCUCACACACACAGAGAACCAGCACUGCUUAACUGUGUGCUGAGCAGGGAGAUGCUGGUGGAUGGUCUGAAGGUGUUGAUAUCGAAGGAGGAUGAGCUGCUGUAUGCUGCCCGACUACACACUCUGGACCUGCCUGACAUAUUCCGUGUAGUGAUCGAGGGGGAGAGAGGGAACAGGCCUAGGAUCUACACUCUAGAACAGCUAUUACAAGAGGCGGUGUUGGACGUGCGGCCACAGACAGAGGCCAUCCUGACUGCUGGGAUGCGUGUGUGUGCCUACUGGAGCGAACGCUCCCGCUGCCUCUACCCUGGAAACGUCCGCAGAGGGGUUCCGGGCGAGGAUGAGAAGGGCAGUGUGAUGGUGGAGUUUGAUGAUGGAGAUAGAGGAAGGAUCUCCCUGCCCAACAUACGCCUGCUGCCCAGGGGGUACCAGAUACACUGUGCGGAGCCGUCUCCAGCCCUGCUCUCACCUGGUCGUCGUGGUCACAGAACCUCCACCCAGGACAGUAGAGACAAGCCCACAGAGAGACCAAACAAUGAAGAGGUAGAAGGGAGGAGCCUGGAGAGGAGACCAGUUGGACGACCAAAGAAGGUCAAGCCAGGGGCCAAUAGUUCAGCCACGACAUCGUCAGAGAGAGUAACAGGGGGCAACACUUCCUCAAUAAGCUGGCCAGCAAAGAGACUUCCAGCGGACUUCUUCCUGUUCAACGGGACAUCCCGUAAAACCCACCGAGUGGGUCGCCAGCGAGACCUGGGGGUGUUCCACCGCCCCGGCACACACCCCCUCGCCCCUCCCACGCCCCUCAAGGGCAUAUUCAGUUCCCCCUUUGAGGUUGACUCCUUCAGUAGCAUCGCCAACGGUUACGCUGGAGCCUUCAGAAGCGGAACCCACCGGCCUGUUACCAUGGUAACGCCCCUGAUGCUGAGUGACUCUGUCGCCAUGACAACGGCAUCCUCCAACAGGAAGUCGAGUGACAGGUACAGAAAACAGUUCCUGGUGAAGCUGGAUCACGAGGGUGUGACCUCGCCCAAAACCAAGAAUGGGAAAGCUCUGCUGCGUCUGGGGGGCGGCAGGGGGCACAAGGGUCCAUCUGCAGGGGCGGAGGGGGCACCUCUCAGGUACAUCCACCCUGCCCUGGGGGUGAAGGACGGAAAUAAAGGAGAAAGAAGAGGAGAGAGUGGAAUGUCCAAGUCUGAGCAGCUCCUGAAGGGGGCUCCAGCCCUCAGAAAGGGGCUCCCCUCAUCUGGUUUAGGGGUUCUGGGGGGAGAGUUUGGAGCUCUGGACUGCCCCAGUGACUGUCACAGCUCUUACUCUGAGCUGGAUGAGGAUGAGGAUGAUGAUGGAGAUGAAGACGUAGCUCGGAGGAGAGCAGCAGCGGCGGGCGCAGGACGUUUCCUCUCCCGUCUCUCCGUUUGCUCCUCGUCCUCGUCCUCUUCCUCCUCUUCUGGCUCCCUCUCUUCUUCCUCCCUCUCUUCUUCCGACUCCUCCUACUCCUCAGACGAAGAAGAGUCUUCAUCCCUCCUUCUCCGCCGAGCGCUGCUCCAGCAGCAGAAACACAAACACAGACAGAGCUUGACCUCUAACCCCUUAACCCCUGACCCCUCCACAAAGCCCAACCCAAGCCCUACCUCUUCAGCCUCGGCCCCACCACACGCCUACGUUGCCAAGGGAGCCAUGUCCGUCACCGGGGAGUCAAAGGUGAGAGGAAGUGAUAGAGGAGAGGACAGGAAGGAGUACACAUCAAAGGGCAGGACCAAUAGUAGAAGCAGCGCUUCCAAAUGCCAAACCAAGAGGAGAGGUGGAUCCGCCUCCAAUACACACACUCUGACUCCCAACACACACACUCUGUCUCUCAACACACACACUCUGACCCCCAACACACACAACCCGGCCUCCCAGUCCAAACCUCCCAAGGACCACCCAGCAGCCAAGAGGCAGAGGAUGUUGUCACCGAUCCCCCAUCCUAAUAUGUCCACCCUCCUGCCUGGUCGCCAGCUGUGGAAGUGGUCUGGAAACCCCACACAGAGGCGUGGUCUGAAGGGUAAGGCCCGUAAGUUGUUCUACAAGGCGAUCGUGCGUGGUGGUGAGACGGUGCAUGUGGGGGACUGUGCUGUGUUCCUGUCCCCCGGUAGACCCCAGCUGCCCUACGUGGGGCGGGUGGAGAGCCUCUGGGAGUCCUGGUCCUCCAGCAUGGUGGUCAGGGUCAAGUGGUUCUACCAUCCCGAGGAGACGAGCCUGGGGAAGAGGCACCACGACGGAAAGCAUGCUUUGUACCAGUCGAGCCAUGAGGAUGAGAACGACGUCCAGACCAUCUCCCACCGCUGCCAGGUGCUCAGCCGCACCGAUUACGAGCACCUGAUUCGCCGACGAAAGCCAGGGGGUGGGGCCCAGGAUCUGUUUUACCUGGCAGGGACCUAUGAGCCAACCACAGGCCAGCUGAUCAGCGCCGAGGGAGUGGCCAUCGUCCCCUAGCAACAACUAUGGAGUGUAAACAAAACACAGCCUUAAAGAUGGCCGCCUCAUCUCUCCUGGAUGAAUCCAGCUACUGGCGCUGGUGUCAGUGAAGCAUGGUUCUGUCCAAAUCUAGAAGAGUCUGGAAAGGAGAACCUGCCUUGAGUCUAGUUCCUGCUGGUUCUGGAUCUUGGUUCUGGGUCCUAUCUGGGUGUGGACGAUCCCAAACCCCAACAGGGAUAACAGCACUUUGGACCGCAGUACACUCUAUUAACAGCACUGGAGUCAUCUGAUCUGAUGUGAUCUGAAGAGGGACUACAGUACUCUACUGACCUUCUAAAACAAAGACAGACAGUGUCCUCGCUACACUCUGUCUCCAAGAGUUGUUCUACAGUCUGUCAUAGAGUCAAAGACUGUCAUAGACUGACUCUCAGGCAGUUUGUCAGACUGUCAUAGACUGACUCUCAGGCAGUUUGUCAGACUGUCAUAGACUGACUCUCAGGCAGUUUGUCAGACUGGCAUAGACUGACUCUCAGGCAGUUUGUCAGAGAGACUACUGUGACUCUUACUAGGUUGUUGCUGUAAGUGAUGUGUUCACUUCUCAGUCUAGAGACCUGAGCGAGAGAGAGAGAGAGAGAGAGAGAGAGAGAGAGAGAGAGAGAGAGAGAGA